AUGGAGCACUCGCAUCUCGCGGACUUGAGUGAUAAAGAGACUGCAAUUGAAAAGGCGGUCGAGGGUGCAACUUUCGGACUAGCUGUCGGAACAGUAUGGGGCACAGUUGCUGCUUUGCUAUCUGACCACCCUGCAUUGGAACAAAAUGUUGCUCAUCCUGAUCUGGUUAGAACCCUAAGGGCUUGCGGAAACUACGGACUCUCCUUUGCCUCUCUAGGAGGUGUAUAUUCAGGCGUCGAUCGGCUUCUGGAGAGACGGAGGAUGAAAAAGGACUUCGUUAACGGUGCUGUCGGUGCUUUCGCUGCAGGAGCAACUGUUUUUGGUCUCAGAGGGAGGAGCAUCUCCGCCGAUGUCGUCGCAGGAUCAGCUCUUGCUGUGACUUCUAUGGUGAUGGAUUUUAGUGGCUUUUAA